AGGAGAUAAGCACUUGGCAGCUUCAAGAAGCUUGUUGAUGCCUUGCAGAUGUGCAGACCUGGGGAGAGGGACUGGUGCUGCUCUGCUCUGAAGACAACCAAGACAUUGACUGGUUGCUGUUUCUCACUGCUGCGCCACACAUCGCUAGCCAAGGAGGCCUUUCCCUCUGGAGUUCUGCCACCAUGGAAACAAGAAGAUGCCUCCUCCAGCGAAUAAUUGGCCACAGCGUGCCCUUUGGCUUCCUUAUUCUUUUAAUCACGGCCACACGUGUUGAUGCAGAAGCACCUGGGACAACCGAGAGCAACCCCACAUCCUCUCAAGAGGGGCCUUCUUCUUCCUCCUUGCCUCAUUCUGUCGAGUCUGUUGCAAACACAUCCAUUAGCCAUGCCUCUCAUUUGGUGGUCACAAAGACUUUGAGUGAAGGAACGGCUACUCUCAAGAACACCACUGGGAGUUUGUCUGGCACACACCCAAAGGUGCAUUCAGGACAGGCUAAGGAGGAAACAGAAACGAGGGCUACUCUCAAGAACACCACUGGGAGUUUGUCUGGCACACACCCAAAGGUGCAUUCAGGACAGGCUAAGGAGGAAACAGAAACGAGGGCGGAUGACAUCAAAACACUUGAUGCCAGCGGCUCUGAGCCUGAUGACUGUCUCUCAGCAAGCCGUUCAGAGAAGAGUCAUCUUGGAAUAACAGUGGCAAUAGUUACCUCUGCCCUGUUGCUUCUGAGCCUCUUCUGAGCCUCUUGAUUGAUUCAAAAUCAUGAAGCCAGCUCAUUAAGGGAUAUGGUAGGAUUGCCUUAUGGGCUGCAAAUAUGGCCUGGGAGACCUCCACUUCCACACACAUAAGCCCCAAAUAUAGUGUGUGUGUGUGUACAUUUUGUAUUUCUUGAAACAAUAGCUCUGAGAUCUGCCUCUCAAGGUCUUGGAUUGUGCUAUAAUGACGCGAGUGCACCUCUAGAUUACCUUCCUGUCUUCUGAAGAGUUUCAUAUGUAUACCAACAUAUCCUCGAAAACGCACAAGAUGCAGAUUAACCUGCAUAACUUUUACAGCUCCCCACCUAGUCUUUCCUGUGUUGAUCUUGUUUUCUGUUUCCCUUUGGUUGUUCAACUGUUGCUGUAUGAUCAGAUUGCCCCAGAUUGCAUCCCCUCCUGCGGCUUGCCAGUUCUCUUCCCUUGUUACUUUCAUUUCUUCAGGGCCCGCAGCCUUUAAUGACAGGCAGAAAUGUCCAAAUUGAGCAAGCGAAAUGCUUCUCAUCACACUAUCUCCACCCCUGGAGAAGAUUCUGCUGCUAAAUCUAAACAUUUCAGGCUGUUGUUACAGGUCACUGAGGACAGCAGAGCCAAUGAAAAAGCCAGUAACUCCUGCUCUCUGCUAAGCCUCAUGCCUAUAUUGCUCACAUCUCCCUUGCAUCAUAAUGAGGGAUGGGGGAGAAAUUCAAUUCAGUUCACAUUUCAAGCCAAAUCGAUCAAAUUUGCACUUUCCAAAACAACUUGAGAACCGAAACACAGCCAUCCAUCCAAAUUAGCACUUAAUCGAAUUUUGCAAUGUAGUUCAUCAACCAAAACUGCAUACGUUGAGGGAAAGUGUGCAUAAAAUGAAUAUAUGAGUGAAAAUAACAUGAAAAAAUGCAUUAUUUGAUGAUAUUUCUUGCAAAAAUGUGCAUUAGUCAAAACUGCCUACAGAAAUGUGUAUUAGUACUAAAAUACUGGAGAAUCUUCAUGAGGUUUUUAAAAAACAAAACAAAACUCUCAGAUUGCUGCAGAAAUGUGGAGAACUGGAUUUAAGACUGGAAAAAUGAGAAAUGGAGGGAAGAGAAAUUGACAGAUCUAUCCAUCCCUAAUUGUAAUCAAGUUUCUGAGCAACUGGCUGCUUUGAGCAGUGGGAUGGGGAAAUAGCUUUUGAACCAUCUGGGCAAAACAAAGAAAUGUUGCAUUAAUGAUAUACCUGAAUGUUUUGUGUGUGAUUGUUUUUGGCAUUGCAUUGUGCAGGGAGGGGAGGUUUUAAUCUUUCCUUCCCCAGCCACAGUCUUGGUAAAAAUCCUUCUUGGGUUCCAUGGUGGAAGAAAGGUGGAAUAUGGAUAGAUAUUGCUCCUCCCCCUCCAUGGUAAUUAGCAUUAGAUGAAAGCCUCCCAUUGCAACCAAUGGGAAACUUUCCCCACGCCCCACUCAGGUUUAUUGCCGUUGGGGGGAUUUUUACCAAGAUUGCAACUGAGGAGGAAAUGCUUAAAACUUCCACUGAGUAUUACUUCUGAAAGUGGAUUAUGCAUAUAUAUAUUUGAGAUCUUGCAGGGAACUGGGAAGGAUUUCCUGGUCAUUUUAGAUUGCUAUAUAUUACUGAGUUUGCAUUUACUUUUCAUAGGAUUUUAAACAAAUUAUCUUAACCCCCUUCCUCCUGCAACCAAAGUUUAAUUUAAUUUAAUUCAUAUAGUUUUGAUACUGGUGUUUUGAACUUUCACCUGUGUGUUCAUACUGGGAAACAAAUAUUAAAAGAAUGAUUUAAAAAUAUGAACGGAUGUGAUGAGAAGAACCAGAGUGCAGAUAUCAAGCAGAUGCAAAAGGGACCCUCUAGCUUCAGUCCUAACCCCACUUACCUGGGAAUCAGUCCCACUUACUUCUGAAUAUACAAAGUUAGGAUUGUGCUGCCUGGUGUCUAUGAUCAUGGUGGCCCUACAUGCAUGACACACGAGAUUUACAUGCAUGCAUAGACAUUACCCACAACAAUGAUGGGUACAGAGAGUCUACAUGCCACAAAAUCAAAGACCAAGACAUUUUGCUGCCAGAGGUGGAGCCCAGAUGUGUAUACUUCACUCGGGCCAACAAUUUAGAACAGGGUUGGUGAACCUGUGGUUUUUCCAAAGUUGUUGGAUUGCAACUCCCAUCAGCCCAAGCCAGAAUGGCCAACAGUCAGGAAUGCUGAGAGUUGUAGUCCAACGUCUGGUGGGCCACUGCUUCUUGCCUUUAUUUACUUCCCGCCUUUUUACGGUGCUGCCUGAAGGAGAUUGCUUUUCUUCACCCCACUCCAUGGCAAGGCUAGCCCUGGUUUUUAUAUAUAUAUUUGGAGGAUUAAUUUCCUUCUUUAGACAGAAUUCUCAACAUAUUCAAACAGGAGGGGGACCCUUUUCCAGCCCAAGGGCUGCAUCCCCUUCUGGGCCACCUUCCAAGAAUAACGUGGCAGGUGGUGGGCAGGAUGAGUAGCAAAAGUGGGCACCACAAUAAAUGUACCUUUGGCCUUUGUACAGUAGGCUAGAGUCUGCACACACCCACGCACUCCUCUGCUCAACCCUAUCCAGGCAAGCAGGAGUCGUCAGAGUUCAAGGACACAUUGCAGCCAGGCAAAAACAGCACGGUGCAAAGUAGGACGGGUGAGGGGCAGAGUACAGUCCAGGGAGAGUUCUGAGGGCCACAUAAAGAGGCCUGGAGGGUUGCGUUUGGCACCUGGGCCUUUAUCCCCACCCUCAAAUUUAAAAAAGGUACACGCCAAAGUCAUAAUAAAAACAUCCAAUGAAUUGUUUAGUGUGGAGACUGAACAACAGCCAAUAAAAUCAAACAAAAUCAAAGUGGCACAUUAAAACUUCAAUAAGUUCUUUUAAAGCUUCCAAUGGGAGCUCUUCCCCAAUGCAAAAUACAUGUGUUGGGGCCCCAAUGCAGCAGCAGGAAAGUGGUUAAAUCCCUCCUAUCUCCCAUUUCAAGAUCCUCAUGUGGACUAAGCCCCACCCACCCACCGCUCUGUCAGUUUGGGAAACAAAAUACUUGUGCUCAAAGACAAACUGUGUAGGUCAGCUCGUAAAUGCUGAAAUUCCCAAUUUUGGUGGACCUUACCAGGAAGUUGGUUCUGUCACCUUCUUUAUACAGCUGGUAUAGCACAGUGGGGAGGACAGUCUGGCUGGGAGUCCAGAGUCUGUGAGUUCAAAUCCCUGCUCAUGUCUCCUGGGUGUCAAGAGGCAGCUAAAGAUCACCCCACAGUGAGUGGCUCAAGGGUAGCAUGCCCUGCCACCUGUGCAGCCGUGGGCAAGCUGCAUAGUCCCAAGGAGCCCAGUUGCCCCCUAGCUGGCAGUUGCGGACAAGGAAGGGGCUGGCUUGUGCAGCUGUGGCAAGCUGAGCGGGCCCUAGCCAGCUGGGGAGGACUAGCCUCAGAGGGAGGCAAUGGUCAACCCCCUCUGAAUACCCCUUAUCAUGAAAACCCUAUUCAUAGGGUCACCAUAAGUCGGGAUUAACUUGAAGGCAGUUCAUUAUUUCAUUUAUAUCCCACCUUUCUUCUAAACUCAACAUGACGUGCAUGAUUCCCCCUUUCCCAUUUCAUCCUCACAACAACCCUGUAAGGUAGGCUAGGUUGAGAGAUAGUGACUGGCCCAAGGCCACCCAGUGUGCUUUAUGGACAAGCAGGGAUUCGAACCCUCGUCUCCCAAGUCCUAGUCCGACACUCUAACCACCACUUGACCACACUGGCUGUCUCUAUAGCAUCUGCCAGAUGAUGAUGGAACCGCCGAGAUAUUAUCUGGACUGGAUGUUAAGAGCUGGGAGGCAGACACUGAGAAGGCCCUCCCUCCCCCCCUUCCAGUGCAGCAGCGAUAAGAGGAAGAAGGUUAAUGGGAAAUAAGCGCUUCAAGAAGCCUGUCAGUGCCUUGCAGAUGAGCAGACGUGGAGAGAGGGACCUGGGCUACUCUACUCUGAACACAGCCAAGAUCAUUGACUGUAUUUCUCCACUGCCACCACCUUCUCGGUUUCAUUUACUCCUUCCUGCCUGACCAAGCGAAAAAAUUGUCCCGGAGGAGGCAAAGCUGAGGCUGGCCACGCAAGGACCUUCCCUCAAAAGCUGGGUGCCAUCCCAGCCUUCCUAGGAAAAGGAACCAUCGCAAACUGAUGCAGAAAUAGGCCAAACUGAAUUUAAGAUUGGAAAAAUCAUAUGGUAUUUGCAUGAAAUCCCAACCGAUCACAUGGACUGAUGUGUAGAUGCCUGCUUCCUUUGCCAGAUUGGGCCGUUUCUGUCUCUAAUUUAAAAGCAUAGGUUGCUGUUUCUCACUAGCCAAGGAGAGGCCCUGUCCUUUGGAGUUCUCUUACUAUGGAAACAACAAGACCCCAUCUCUGCCAAAUAAUUGCCUACAGUGUGCCCUUUGGCUUCCUUGUUCUUUUGACCAUGGCCACACAUGUUGAUGGCACUGAAGAUUUAUCCACAUUGCCUGAGAUCACCAAAGUUUCCAUCCCUCCAGUCACCACAAUUCUCACAUCUGGAAAAAACGAUAUAGAGGGUCUAAGCACCACACACUUUCUAGAGCAGCAGCCUACUUCCCCAUUGCCUCAUCCCACUGAGUCUGUUGUACCUACAAUUUUGUCUCCCAACAAAUCCAUUAGCAAGGAUUUGAGUUUAGUGCACAAGGUAUCUUCAGAACUGCCCCCUAUAACUUAUGGCCUAGCUUCAACAGAACCGGGAGCUACCAUCACUACUUCAGACAUCUAUUCCUCUACUAGCCAGAAGAUCAUCCAUGCUACAAAAGCAACUGUGGUACAAAAAUCCCAUAUGACCACUGGCAAGGAGGAGACUUUCAGUGAAACAACAGCUACUCUCAAGACCACGUUUGGACGGCCAUCAGUCUUCAAACCAAGGGCAAAUUCAGGAAAGACUAAGGGGGAAAUAAUGCCAAGUAUGACACCAAAACAGUAUGUGCCUGAUGACACCAAAACAUAUGAUAUCAGCACCCGUGGUCCCAGAAAGUGGCUCUUAACCACAAGACCAGAAUCUGGUCUUGGUCAGUGGUCCUUAACCACAGUAACUAUCACAGAAACAACAAGAUCUGGCUCUGACCCGACAGCAAGCCCUUCAGAGAAGAGCCGUCUUGGAAUAAUUGUGCCAAUAGUCAUCUUUGCCCUGUUGCUUCUGAUCCUCUUGAUUGCUUUUCUGUAUUGUAGGCGCCGUCGCCGCUCUGGCUCCACCAGCUUCAACGCAGGGUGGGCAGAGCAGGUGGCAGUGCCAGAUGACUCAGGCUUGGAUGGGGAGGUAGAGCAAGGGGCAGCGGCUGCAGGGGAAGGGGAGACAAAGCGCAACACCCUCACCACUUUCUCUGGUAAGCGUCAGUCGAGGGUGCCCUCAGUCGCCAUGGAAGAAAUAGGUGGGAAAGAAGAGAAGGAGGAGAGCCAGAAACUGCUUCACGGAGAUGCUGGGCGAGCCUCCAGUCCAGAGGCAUCUGGGGAAGCUAAUGGCAAACUCCCGGAGCUCACCAUGCAAUCCCCUUAAGAGACAGGGUUCCCUCUAUCCCCAGCAAACCAGGAGUAGAUUUUUUCGCAUCAACACUUCCUUGUUUUUAGGUUCCUCCUACAGUUGAACGCUCCCAUGGCCUACACCCGUUCCAGUAGAUUAGGACGCUUCAUUGGCUUAUCGUCUUCCUUGUCUCUUGGUCUGUUAUGUGCGAGUGGAAGGGUGGGGGAGUGAAUGAGAGAAAAUCUUGCACCACCAUUGUUCAGAAAUUUCUGACCGCAUCCUUUUUCCUGUUUAUAUAGUAUAUGUAGGGUGGAGACAAAUACAGAAAUAAAUCAGGAGUUCUGGUUUCCCAGCCAACUUUGCCUCAGUCUCACCAAACCUCAUUUUCCUUCUACAGGAAAAAAAGGUUUGAGUUAAGGUGGAGGGCAGUUUUUUUUGGGGGGGGCAGUGAUGGAGAGGACAUUGACACCUGUUUCUCUCUGUCUGUGAGAUGGGAAAUCCAGGGCUCUAAAUAGGAGGGAGGCUGCGGUAGAAAAAACAAGCCUUAGUGAGGCUUUCUAUUUGUAGCAGAAAGUUUUGAUUGCUGUUUUCAGAAAGAGAGCAAAUGAACAACUUCAGUUUUGCUACAUUUUCCAUGAUGUUGAAAAUAGUUGUGGGUGGCUCAUGAGCUUUAUUCUCAGAACCACUUGGGGGCGGCAGACCUUUAACACAAGUGCGAAUAGGCUAACCAGAUAUCCCAGCACAUUUCAAACCACCCAAUCCUUUUCUUUAUCUCCAGGCAGAUAGACAUUCCUGAGGAUCUACAACAGUUGGAUGUAAAAUGUAUGUAGGUUUAUAUAUACACACUUCUUAUUUAAUUCAGGUGUCUUUCCAAGUAUUUUCCAUCCAUUCUGCUUACUCCUUUGUAUUAUAUAAAAAGAACAUGGUUUCAAGCAGCCAGUGGCUUUUCUUUUUUCCGGCUAAAAGGAGCUUUUGAACAUUACAGGGGUAAACCAAAGAAGCCAUGAAACAAAAGUAAGGUCAAUUUAGAAAAAAAAUAACAUACAUUCCAGCAUAUAACAAAACAAACAAAACAGAAAACAGCAUUCUAACUAGCACAUUGCUGUAGCUCAGAUAUGUAGGUCGUGCCUCUGCAUGGAGUAGAUAAAGUGUGCAUACUGUUAGAAAACUCUUAUCUCUCUUUUCUAGGGGUGAUAUUCUUUGAUCCUGAAGAUUGUCACAGUCCCAUGUGGGGCAUAAUCAGUCAUGUAAGUCAUCCAGUUAACAACUGGCGAACUAAUAUACAGAUGAAUCAUAUGGAGAGUUGCAGAAAUGAAAUAGCCUGGAUGAAUUCUGAUUUUCAAGUUCUUAAGGAUCUAUUGCAAGUUAACCAGAGUUUAGGUGCUCCUAAAUUCAUCCCAACACCAAGAUGAGUACAGUCAGGAUAUAUUUAAUUAAUUCUGGGUCACCAUUACAGGUGUGCACCAAAGUGGAUUCUCACAGCCCAUUAUUAAGGAUUGUUCCCAGUUAGCAGGAAAAAAUGACAGAGGUUUAGGAUACCUUAGAGGCUAACAGAGUAAUCUGGUUAUAAAAUUUCAUGGAUUAGAAGCCAUUUCAGCAGAUGUGUCUGAUAAAAAAGAUUCUCGUCCAUGAAAGGUUAUGCCUCCCAAUAAAUUGUUUAGUUUCUUAAGAUGCCACAAACCUCACAGUUGUUUUCGCUGGGAUCAGAAUUGGUAAUCCUCUCAUACUCAUUAAUACAAAAUAAAAGUGUGAUUUUGUGAAUAUGCACUUAGGGAAUGUUUAUCUACACUAUGCACCUAAACUGAAUUGGCUGUCAUGACUUUCUUCCAAAGUUCUCUGCUACAGUUUUCUGAAGGUGUUAGAGCACUGCAAGAUAGAUGCUUUAAUCCUCACGAAAUUAGAAAUGCCAAGAUGCUUGGUGGAGAAAACAUGAUUUUGCUCCAGUUUAGAUUUGUAAUGUAGAUACGUUGUCAGGCCAUAACAAUCCACAAUGCUUUCCUGCACAAGCCCCAUUGAAAAUAGGAUGAGCUGUGCAAACGCUCAUGUGCCAUUUACUCAUUUGUCUCUCUCCUCCAUUCAGCUUCUUAAUAACUUUCUCUCUGUAGAGUUCACUGUAUUUUCAACUGCAGUUCCCUUUUUUUUUUUGCAGAGGUUUAUUUUUGCGAGCGCAUGAGACUGUAUUAAA